UAAUAACACGCAGGCACGCAGCCGACUGCUCCUCGCGGUCCUCACCAGGGCCCUUCCGGGAGCUGCCGGGAGGAGCGUCAGAGAGGGCUUCCGGGAGGAGAGGACCCGGCAGCAAGUUGUCAGGGAAAGGGGGCGCGGUGUGAUCUCAGAAUGGCCUGCCGCACCCGGGAAGAGCACACACCUUCCUCACAACAGGAAGACUGCUAACAAAAAGGCUUUUGCCCAGCCGCUGCGUUCGAGAAAAUCCGGCUAUUUAAUAGGAUUUUUAUAGUUUUUGGUUUAUGAUCCAUUUUGAGUUGUGAACUAAAUUUUAAAGAGGAGGCCGCCGUGGCCGCCAUGCAGCUGACAGUGAAAGUGCUUCAGGGCCGCGAGUGCAGCCUGCAGGUGUCGGAGGACGAGCCGGUGUCCACGCUGAAACAUCUGGUUUCUGAGAAGCUCAACAUCCCCGUGCGCCAGCAGCGGCUGCUGUUCAAGGGCAAGGCCCUGGCAGAUGGGAAAAGACUCUCCGAUUACAGCGUUGGGCCCAAUUCCAAGCUCAACCUAGUGGUCAAACCUCUGGAGAAGGUGUUACUGGAAGAAAGCACCGCCCGGAGACUGGCCGAGGUCCCACCACCAUCCACACCAGCCUGGCAGCUGAUCUCCAAAGUCCUGGCCCACCACUUCAGUGCUGCAGAUGCCAGCAGAGUCCUGGAUCAACUACAGAGGGAUUAUGAGAGGUCCCUGAACCGCCUGACGCUGGAUGACAUCAAACGCUUGGCUAACCGCUUUCUGCACCCCGAAGUGACUGAAGCUAUGGAGAAGGGGUUCUCCAAAUAGGAUUCUCAGAGUGUGGGGAGGAGCCCGACCAGGCUACAAGCUGCAUGUAGCAUUAAAUGUGUUCUCCUGUUGCAAAAAAAAAA